UUGACAUUGAGGAAGAUGCAUGUCUACAUCAGAGGAGCAUCCAGGACAGGACAAUAGCUCCUAACGCUGCUCAGACAGAUACAUGCCAAGGACUACAAACACAGAGAGAGAGGGAGAGCAGAGCGAGCCCAGAGGGAAGGACAGCAGCAUUUCAGAGAGGGCAAAACAGGGUAGAAGAGGCAACAUUUGCAGGUUCGUUCUGUUGCCUUAAAAAGGACAUAAACAGCAAGACCCUCCUCUCUACAUCCACUCGGAGAGCUUCCCCUGCUGCUGCUCACAGCCUCCGAGCUUCUGUGCACGGCACCAGAGAGGACUGCUUUAUAGUCCGAGACCAUGAGUGAGGCGAAGAAAGGUGAGCUCGCCAUCCGGGAUAAAGCCAUCCUGCACCAGCAGAGGCGUCUGAAGCAGGCCACCCAGUUCACACACAAGGACUCAGCUGACCUCCUGCCCCUGGAUGGGCUGAAGAGACUGGGCACAUCCAAGGACUUGCAACCUCACAGCAUCGUCCAGCGCCGCCUGCUGGAGGGAAACAUCACGCGGCUGCGAGGGGAGGCCCGGGACCCCAGCGCCAGGGUUCGCUCCCCGCUGGCCGACAACAAGGACGGGCCCGCCGACGCAGAGGAGAGGAGCGAGAGCACGGCUGACGACUCCACGGAGGAGCGGGAGUCUCUGGAGGAGAGCGAGAGGAGCCUGCGGUCGGACGAGGAGGACGACAGCAGCGAAGCCGGAGCCAGACAGACAGCUGAGAAGACCGAGGGCACGGAGGGCACGACCCUCCUCGCAGCUCUGGUUGUUCAAUGCAAGUGCUGCGAGACUGAAGUCAAGGCGUCCAUCAACACCGGCAGCCAACAUAACCACAUCUCCACCUCCUGCUGCCAGAGGCUGGGACUGGUGCCCACUCAGGACAGCUCACCAUGUGGUGUGAGCAGCUCAGUGACGGGUCUGCAGCUGCAGCUGGGCAGACAGACGGUCCAGUGUUCAGCCUUUGUCAAAGAGGAUGAGGCGUUUGAGCUGUGCCUGGGUCUUCAGACUCUGUUGGAACUUAAAUGCUGCCUGGACUUGAGCAGUCAGGUCCUGAAGCUGCAGGCCUGUGGCGAGGAGCUGCCCUUCCUGAACCCUGCAACCGACAGCCAGUGCCAACACGACACCAACGAGAACCUGUGAAACCGACUCGACGGCGGUGACCACUUCCUCGAAUCCCGACUGGUUGCACCAACGUGGCACGAUGCUGUUUGUGUCUGGACUGUCCAAUCACAGUGUCUCUCACUGCCAGAACAUGGACGAGCGUUCGCCACUGUCGUUCUUGAGUUUACAUCAUUGUGUUUGUAGAAUUAAGACAUUCACCAUGAUUAUCAUGAUUAUAUUAAAUUAGUCUAGUUCACAGAGUGGAUGAAAGCCAGUUACGAGCCAAUCCAAUCUGUGUGGUUCUAAUCAUUCUUUAUGAUUAUACUGUAUAUUCAAACCAAUUUCUCUGUUGAGCUGCUUGGGUACACUGAUGCUCUCUAAAAGGGAAAACCAUUAUACUCAUUUAAAGUGAACUUUAGUGGAAUAUUUGGUGAUUUGGCUGUACAAAAACUUUACUUUAAGUCAUUAUUAAGUAAAUGAAAAAAGUUUUAAUUGUAAACCUAAAUCAUUUAAGUUUAGAUGGUGUUAAAAGAAUUGUUUUAUUUUUUGGGACAUACACCAGUUCAUUUUCUUACCAUGUUUUAUGAGGAGAUACCACUCUCUUGUCUUAGCAUGGCAUAAAGACUGGAAACAGUCCAAAGGUAACAAAGUCUGCCUACAAGCACCUUGAAAGCUCACUUAUUAACACAUUUCAUCUUUGUUUAAUACGUACAAACACUGGCAUUUUUCCAUUCUACGGAUUAAACCAGUGGCUCCUAACCUUCCUGGUUCCUGUAGUACCUCUGCACCACUCAUCAUGUGCUAAAUGAGUCCAUUUGAAUCGACUUUAUAUUGAAUGCUAUUUAACACUCAUAAAGAGCUAACAACUUUUCACACAACUGGGCUAAUGUUCAGGUUGGUUUGGUUGAGUUAGCAUUUGUAGUUCAACAACCGUGAGUGCAGAUUUCAACCAUUUAUCCCUGAAUUUGAGCUAUAUUUUCACCUGUGAGCCAGGUUACCCAUUACCACUAGCUAACUAUGUCAAUCUAAUACAAUGGAGCUAUUUACACAAUAUACCCUAUCCUAAUCAAGUCGUUCAGCUAUCUAUUCCAACUAUUUAUCCAUUACUUUUAACUAUUUUGCCAUUUAUACAUGAGCUAACUGUCAUUCAUUUCUUUCAGCUAUGACACAAUUUAUCCAUGAAAGUAUCUGAACAAUUUCCUCAUUACUUUUAGCUAUUCGAACUGUUAGCCAACUGUUUAUCCAUCACUUUUAGCUAUUUAACAUGUUUAUCCAUUACAUUAAGCAAACUAUUUCGACUGUCCAUUAAUUUUAGCUAAGGGGGUUAGGGUUAGCAUUUGUAGCCCCUAACCCCUAACCCUAGCUAACUGUUCAUUUCUUUUAGCCAUCAACCAUUUCCAUUGUGUUUAGCUAUUUCACCAUUUAUCAAUUACUUUUAGCUAACUAUCUCAACUAUUGACUCAUUAUUUUUAGCUAACUAUUUCAACUGUUGACUGUUUGUAGCUAUUUCAACUGUUGACUCAUUAUUUUUAGCUAACUUUUUCAACUGCUGACUCUAGCUAGCUAUUUCAACUGUUGUUAUUUUUAGCUAGCUAUUUAAACUUUUGACUCAUUAUUCUUGCAUGGUCUUUUUCAACCAUUUAUUCAUUACAUUUAGCUAUUUCACCAUUUACUGUCCAUGAAUUUAAGUUACCAAUUUCAACUGUCAAUUAAUUUCAGCUAACUGAACUGUUAAAAUCUUUUAGCUAUCUGUUCAACCAUUUCCAUCACAUUUAGCACUUUCACCAUUUAUCUCUCACUUUUAGAUUACUAUUUAAACUGUUUAUCCAUUACUUUUAGCUAUCUAUUCAACCACUUUUAGUUAACUGUGAUGAUUUCUUUGCUCGCUUGCUGACCUGUUUUCACGCACAGUUAAAACACUUCAUGUUCAAAUGUAGGCCUACAGCUCAUCCCAGGCUACCCCUGGCUGGGAAUCGCUGGAUUAAACAAAAAGACAUAACAUGUUAAUUAGUGCUCUUAUAGGUGCUGGUAGGUGGACUGUUUUUUACCUUUGGUCAGAGCCAGGCCAGUUUGGUUUCACUAAUAUCUGCUAGCUGCAGACAAUUUUCGGGGUGGUAUCAAUCUUCUCUACAUACUCUCGAAUGUGAAUAAGCAUAUUUCCCAAAAUGUCAGACUGUUCCUUUAAGAAUCAGCAUGACUCACCUAAAAAGUGUCGGUACUCAGGAUGCCCUUUCCAGUGGGCUCAAAGGAAAUUUUGAGAAGCCUUGAAGUUUUUUUUUUUUGAAGUCUCGUGUAAUUAGGUUUGGAUCAGGCUACCUCUUUAAGAGACAAGGAUGGGUUUUCAUCUAGAAUUUUAAGAGAGAUCUGAGGUAAAUAUCACAGUUUGUGAUUCAGGCUACUUAAAUUCAGCUUUUUAAAGCCCCUUUGCUCUUUCUUUCCCCUCUCAGAAGACAGAUGUGUUUAAAUUUUCCACGAGCACAUUUCCAGUCUAUCACGACAGCCUAGACUGAACUGCAGUAGUUCCCUAUAAUUCCCCUCUAAUGAAAAUAGACUUCAGGCCAGCCAGCAAAUCAUAUUUGAGUCAGACUACAGAAAUAUCAAAACAUUCCAUCUGCAUGACUUUGUAAAGUUCUGCCUUUGUAUAAGUGUGCAUGUUUGUGUACUAGUCUGAUUGUGUCACGUUGAGAGUCUGACGGGGCUGUACGUGUGUGUUUAUGUGUGCAUGCGUGUGUGUGUGUGUGUGACGUGUGUGUCAGGAGUCGAAGCAGGGUUUUUCUGCCCUGUUUUGGUUCAUGUUUCACAUGGGAAAAAGUGGGACAGGUCCUAUCCUCCCCAAACUGAUCCACCGAGCUCCGGUCAGAAAAAGCUGCCAAAAGCCGACCCCAGCUGCCUUCCCUCUCUGCCUCUUUCAGGAGACCUUCAUCACUCGGCUGAGGCCGCUCUCUGUGCCAAGGCCCCUCUCCAAACUCAUCUUCCUCUUUACUCAGAGGGCCGGUCUUCUUUGUGUAUUUACCACCUUUUUGGCUGAUGUUAUUCACUUUGACGCCUCAUGUUUGCUGAUUUGCUUGUCACAAGACGACGAAAAGAACUCCCCACUGCAGUGCCACCUGCCUCUCUCGUCUCUCAGUGUUUUCAUCGCGUGGAGAAUCAAGAACUGCCUCAGAUCAUGCUCUGCUUUAAUGACACCUGAGCCGUGCCGUGCUUUUGACUGUGCUACAGUACCCAUCUAACCUCUUUGCGGAGGUCAUCCACGCGUAGUUUGGCAAUGUUUGUUUCUCUUUGAUGUACUAGUGACCUUCCUACGCUGUAUGAGAGGAAAUGACGUAUGACAGAAAUUUAUUUUUGGUGUUUCUCUUCUUCUGAACAGUAUUUUCUCUGCCUAAUAAAAUAUGUAUUC